AGUACACAGAUUUGUGGUCGAUUGAUGACUGUUCCCGAAUAAAUAUAACGGGCGCUUGAAUUGAAGUACAAAGAAAAUUGAUUCAAAUGAGCGUUGAUUGAUUUAUAACGUGGAAAACUAUUAACGAUCAAGAAAUUUCAAAUGCAUCAAUUUUGGAAUGGAGUGAAAAUGAAAAUUUGAACAAAAUAAAAAUCGUGCAAAUUGAAAUAUUGGCCAAUAUCCGACUAACAAUUGAAUUCAAUGUUGUCGAUAUCAACGACCGUCUAACAUUUUUCUAAAGAAAUCCCAUACUUAAACGAUUCAAUUGUCUAACAGUUUUAGUACACACAAUGGUGAAUGGGACUGGGGAAGCGAGCGCGAUGUUUAUAUUUCGCUUUCACCCGAUUUUAGAACACGACCGUACUUACCGAAUAUGACAUUUGUACUUUGGAAUUGGUCAAGUGCAAUUUACUCAAUUUUUUGUUCGAUUUUUUUUUUCCUGAUAAUUCUUAUCAUUGUAAAACAUAUCGAGUAAGUUUGCCAAAUUUUCCAUUUGAUUUAUGCUCGCAUUUUUUUUCUUCUCCAUUGUCAUUUGGUUUUUUUCUGUGUGUGGUAAGCGAUGUAAGUGGGAUGAAACAUACAGUGUUACUUUGGGAACAAUACUGUGCAACUUCAUGUCACACAAGUGACAUUUCGAUAAAUAAUAAAUCGCAAAUACAAAAACAUUAGAACAUUUCUGUGCUGUUAUUGCGGGAUAAAUCAUUUGAAGCAUUCAGAUUUCUGAGUGAGUUUUUAUAAGCGAUUCCUGGUCAAGGUUUUUCCUAUUUUUCAUCGCGUCAUCUUAUUCGUUGACUUCGUUCCAUGCCCGGCACUGAAACCGAGAGCGUUAACAAAGGAAAACCAGCGAGAAAAAGAAACAAUUAUUGAUUUUAUUGCCUGAAUGAGAUCACAAUUGAUUGAACAAUGUUAUCAUUUUUUCGAAGUAAAUCGUCAGAGACAUCAGUCGUCGAUAAAAUUGUCAACGGCACAAAGAACUUAGCCCUUCAAGUGAACGAAACAUCCAUUGUUGCAGCAGCAAAUAUGCAAUCGAUCUCGGACAAUAACGACAACACAAACACCACAUCACUUCAAUCGCUCGGCUAUCAAAAUGAAACGGAAUUAAGAGAAACGAUCUAUGAUAUGCUGCGAACAAUUCGAGAUCCAGAGAAACCAUCAACACUCGAAGAUCUUAAAGUUGUAUACGAAGAAGGAAUCUUUGUACAGCCACCAACUAGUGAUGAUGUACAAGUGGUUCGAGUUGAAUUCAAUCCCACUGUGCCGCAUUGUUCAUUAGCUACAUUAAUUGGCCUGUGUUUACGCAUAAAAAUCGAACGAAAUAUUCAACACAAAUUAAAACUGGACAUUUAUAUAAAAAAGGGCGCACAUUCGACGGAAGAAGAGAUCAAUAAACAAAUAAAUGAUAAGGAACGUAUCGCAGCUGCAAUGGAGAAUCCAAACUUAAGAAAUUUAGUCGAAGAGUGUAUUAGAGAAGAGGAAUAGCACAAAAACCAGCGGCAGAACAAACAAAACAUUCUAGGCAAUUUUUUAAUAGGACAAUCGGGAAAUUAGUCGCUGGAGUACUUAAACGAUGGAAAACAGAUUAGUUUUGGAUAUGGUUUUUUAAAUGUUGUUAUAUAUAAUUACUACAAAUGAGAUACAUUUUUUAAAAACGAUUUGUAAGAAAAUGAAAAUAUAUUUGAUUUGACAAGAAACAAAUGCAGAGAAAAAAUCAUUGAAAAAAAAAACUUUGAAAUUUAACAAGGAGUACAAGAAGAUAAAUAAAAAGAAAAUAACUAAAUAUAGAAACGAAAGAGAGUUAUCAGUGUCUCAGAAAGACAGAAGCAAAUAAAUAAACAAGCAAGCGUCAAUUCAAUUGGAAGGUAAACAAAAUGUAUGAAACCAGUAGUGUUUGUUUGACAAAAGCCUGAAAACAUGUUGAUUGUAUCGGUGGUUUGGUUCAUUUAACGAAAGAUGGAGCCGCCACAGCAGAGUGACAUUAUCUGAAUUAGAUCAGCGCCAUCACAACCGUGAAAUUGAUUUGUAUCGAUUUAUUUAAACAGUGUUUUCAGCGUAAUCAGUUUUGCCGGUAUUUUGAUUUCGGCAUUCACCAAAUCGAUUUUUAAUGUGUUGUUGUGGUGCCACUUGUCAAACACUUAAUCGCAACACAUUGAUCGGGGAAUGUUUGACAUUUCGCUCUUAACAUACGUCUGUGUCUCAAACACCGAUGAUGCUACCUCCAUAGUUCGCUCUCUUGCUCACUCGCUCUCGGCAAACCAAAUCGUCCAUUCAACGUGGAGAGUCCAACCACACUCAGCAUAGCAUACAGAAAGAAGUCGAAAGAAAAAUAGUCGGCAUGGAACACCAAACGUAACAAGCAAUUCAUUCGGUCAGAACAUACUAUACACAACUACAUAUUUAUACGCGCGCGUGUUUAUUGACACAACUUCGGAAUAAUACUCGCUCUCUCUCUCUUCAUAUCGAAAAGAAGAAUAACCACGGAGUAAGAACAGCAACGACGACAAAAACAACCAGAGAGGAAGAAUAUAAUAGAGUAGAAGAAGCGUUCCGGGUGCAAAGACACACAACACGGAGAACACACGGGCAGGAGAAUAAAAAAAAAAACAUACACAGAAAUUGAAAAGAUGGUAGAGAUAAUAACAAUUUGUUGAAUUAGAAUAGAACCGAGUGUGAUUAACAAUUUCAUAAUUUGUAUGGGAUUUCAGUGAAUGGUUGAAUUUAGUGAAUGCUGAUUGUGAUUUUAUUCAGACAAAAAGUGAAUUUUCGAAAAAAAAUUCUUAGAAACAAAAGAAAUACACACACCAACACACGGAAACGAAAAAAAAAAGUGUUUUCUUUUUCGCCAAUCGAAUCAGAAGUGUGUAGCAUUUUUAGCAAAGAAAACACAGCGUUCUCAGUGUGCAUUCGGAAUAUGUCAAUUAAUUUGUUGUCCGUGAUCGAAAUUCUAUUGAAUUUUUUCAUUGCAAAUUCAGUGUGCCGAAAACUAAUUUGUAUGUUAAUCAAAGUGUGUGUGCAUUAUCAAAUGAGAUACGGAUAAAAGUGAAAAGUGUUGUAAUUCUCAAUAUAUGAUGCAAGCAAUAUAACAAGUGUACUUGUUUUCAAAGUAAUUUCGCUAAUCUUUCAAUCAAUUUUGAGAGGGAGAAAUGUAUGGAGCCCGACAAAUCGGCCGUAAAGAAGUGAUAGCAACAACUGCAAAAUACAUCGCGUAAACGUGACCAAAACUGAAGGCAACAAAAGAGGAAUCGUCUCCAUUUUUGUGGGAUAAUUUAGGUCCAUCGAGAGAAGAAGCAGCAGCUAAGAAGAGUAGAAUUAUACAGAUAUGAAAUAGGGAGCAUGAGAAGAAUGAUCUCGCUAGAAAUAGCGUGUAGAAUGCCAUAAUGGUUGAUUUAGAUGCAUAGCAGGCAAAGAGAAGCCAAUUCUGUUGAAUCGUCAUUUUUAUUGUUGCCAAAAAAAAAAACUGACGAAAAACCAUCACAUACAUAUAUACACACACACACACAAAUCCAACCACCACCCAACGAGUCAAUUAAAACUUGAUCUGGAAAUAUUGGUCAAUUCAAAUGAUAUUAUACCAACGGUACAAAUUGCAAGCAAAUUAGAAAACUGAGCUAGAAAAUACACACAAUUUUUUCGGUUGUUUGCUGUCAUAAAAUAUAAGAAAGCAAACCAAUACUCACAACGAUUUUAAUAUUAAACAAGAGGUACGCGGCAGAGAGAAGAUAAGGAAUUCACCAAAAAUGCGCUUCGUCUAUAGAAAUAGAAAACUUGCCUUAUUUGGCAUGUUUUUCCUGUUUGGCGCCAUGAUGAUAUUGAUCAAAUUCACGGAAUUCAGUCCAACAUGCCUGUUUCGAGAGGAUUCAGAAAAAGGACCAGUGAUGGUGCGCGAUCAGGUCGGUUAUCGCGUUACACAUAAAUUUUAUUGCUUUUUUUUAUUAUUGAAAUAAAAUUGCGUUGAAGUUCUUAUCUCUGUUUUUUAAAGCGUUAGUACAUGGAAUUUAUAACCCAUUCCUUUCAGAACAUUUAUUCGUCUUUCUUGGAAAUUGUAAUUUCGAAAUGGCAUUUUAUUAUCCCUCUCUCUUUCUUCGUAGAAAUUUAUAUUGGGAAAUGACAAACAUUAUUAUCCCUAUCAUCGGCAAAUGCCGUUAAUCUUCAUUGGAGGUGUCCCGCGGUCCGGCACAACUUUGAUGCGAGCCAUGCUUGAUGCACAUCCAGAUGUCAGGUGAGUGCUCGUUGCAAUGUGAACAUGAAUCAUUUUGAUUCAGCACGGCAACAACAACCAACAUUGAAAUGAUGUAUUAUCGCUUGUAUAAUCAUGACGCAAACCGAUUCUAGAUGCGGACAGGAGACAAGAGUCAUUCCGCGUAUAUUACAGUUACGAUCUCAUUGGUUGAAGUCGGAAAAGGAAAGUUUACGUUUAGAAGAAGCGGGUAUUACAAAAGAGGUGAAUUUUAUUUAAAAAUCAUUUAUCAUGCUUGAUUUUACCGUUGUCGCUGUGCCAUGUGAGUGCGGAAUGAUUAAUGUUUUUGAUGUUGGUGCAGGUGCUGAACAGUGCCAUAGCACAGUUUUGUCUGGAAAUUAUCGCAAAACACGGUGACGCUGCUCAAAGACUGUGCAACAAAGAUCCGCUCACACUCAAAAUGGGCUCAUACGUUAUCGAACUCUUUCCAAAUGUAAGUGAAUUCGUUUAUUGAUAUUGCAUUUUUGUCUUUGUCACAUAAUUCAAAUGCAUUGAAUUGAUUUACAAACUGAUUUUUUUUUUCAAAUUGUUUUCUCGCAAAGUUCCUUCGAUGAGCCAUUUUUUUUCUUGGAUUUUUUUUUCUCAGGCAAAAUUCUUAUUUAUGGUUCGAGAUGGACGUGCCACAGUGAACUCGAUUAUAUCGCGUAAGGUCACUAUAACUGGCUUCGAUUUAUCGAGCUAUCGCCAGUGCAUGACCAAAUGGAAUCACGCCAUUGAAACAAUGCACAAUCAAUGCAAAGAAAUUGGCAGUGAUAAAUGCAUGAUGGUGGGUAUUUCAUUAUUUAAAACACGAAUUUCAAAUGCAAAUUGAACUAGUUUUUGAAAUAUCGUGCAAACAUAUCGAUUUUCUAUUUUCAAAUGUACCAAAUGAAACAUGAUUUUCAAGUAAAAAUUUUCCACGCCAAACAGGUGUACUACGAACAAUUGGUGCUACAUCCAGAAGAAUGGAUGCGAAAAAUUUUGAAAUUUUUGGACAUUCCCUGGAACGAUUCGGUUUUGCAUCACGAAGAGUUCAUCAAUAAGCCGAACGGUGUAUCGCUAUCAAAGUACGAUUCAAUAACAAACAUAUGCGAAGAAGUGCUUCAAUGAACUAAAUGGUUUUUCUUUUCCACCUAUUUAAUCAGAGUUGAACGUUCAAGUGAUCAAGUAAUAAAGCCAGUGAAUUUGGAAGCGUUGUCCAAAUGGGUUGGACACAUUCCAGAGGACGUAGUACGAGACAUGGCCGAUAUUGCACCGAUGCUCUCUGUAUUAGGCUAUGAUCCAUAUGCAAAUCCACCCGACUAUGGAAAGGCAGAUUCGUGGGUAAAAGACAACACCUUAAAGGUAUGUCAACCGUGAACAAGCCACAUUCUCUCAACUCUAUCCAACUUAAGAACGAUUUUCAUUAUUGAAAAUCAAACGAUUUUGUUCCGUCAAAUUCAUUAUCAACUCAAGUUAUUAUUACGGUACUUAAACAAGUUCUGUUUUCUGCUCAUCGUAGGUAAAAGCCGAAGAGAAGCUCUGGCAAAAUCGUGCCAAUCAACUAUUGCAACGAAUUGAUUUGGGCGAAGAGACAUCAAACAUAGAGGACACUGAUUCGCCCGAUGGUGACAAGAAUGACAUUCACAAUCGAAAUAGUAAUCGCAAUGACGAACAAACAUGAUAUCAAUACGCACGUCGAUCAAGAUCACAUUAAAUAAAUUAUUGAGCUCGCCGCUGGCAAUCGUGCAAUCGAAAGUCAAACAAAAGCUAGAGAGACACCGGUGUCUCUGCGGUAUUGAACGAAUGAGAGAACCAAAGAUUCAAACAGCUUCGAUGCAAUUUUUUUUUUUCAUUAAUAAGACUCACUUAUACAAAUAAGUUUGACCAGAUGCGAGCAACCAACAUAGAUAUUUGCUUUUAUAUUUUGGAAUAAAAAAAAAAAAACAAUGAAGAGGAAAACGAACAUUUUCUUCCAAAUAGGAAUGAUAUUUAUUUUGGAAUCGGCGAUUUUGAGAGACAAAUGUGAGACGAAAAAAACACAAAACAGAAUCAAUCAGGUGGAUCAAAAUUUCUUCGCAUUUAAGUAUGAGUUUAACUUAUUCUAAUAUACUCCAUUUAGAUAGGGAAAUCCAGAAAAAAAAUCGAUAAUCGAUCAAUUCGCAGCUUAUUCAAAACAUAAUGAAUGUGAUUUAUAUUUAUUUAGAAAGAUGCGAUAUUGUGCAAGAUGAAUCUGUUUAAAAUUGGUGAUUCGAAUCAAACUAAAAUACUUUGUUUUUGUUUUUUUCAUUUUGUACAUGCAUUUGAAGCAGUAACAAAAAAAACUUACAAAACAAUUAAAUCCAUACAAAAAGAAACUGUGCAAAUAACUGACAAAUAGAUGAAGGUAGAGAACACAAUUGAAACUCACACACACAUGAAUACAAUAUAACCAUUUCGAGUGAUAUUUUAACGCAAAAGAUAGUCAUGAUAAUGGAAAAAUUCAAUAGUUUGAAAGAGAGGAACCAACACACAUCGCAUGCUAGAUAAAAUGAAAUCGCUACACUAUAUAUAUAUAUACAUAUGUUCGUCGCUAAAAUGUUUUGUGUAUUUUAUUCGUAAUGUAAUUAGUUCAAUGAAAAAAGAAGAAAAAUUGUAUGUAAAA